CGACGUCUGUUGAAAAUAAAAUUCCAUUUCCAGUGAUGGUAUGGAUUCACGGCGGAGGAUUCGUUUUCGGUUCAGGAAAUGCUGAUUUGUAUGGACCUGAUUUUCUUGUAAGAAAAGAAAUAGUUCUUGUCACGAUAAACUACAGAAUCGAUGUUUUAGGUUUUCUUAAUCUAGGCUUAGAAACGGCUCCAGGAAACCAGGGAUUAAAAGACCAAGUGAUGGCCUUAAAAUGGGUGAAAGAUAAUAUUUCAAAUUUUGGUGGAGAUCCAAAUAAUGUAACAAUUUUUGGUGAAUCUGCAGGAUCAGCAUCAGUUCAUUAUUUAACACAAUCAGCUUUAGCCAAAGGAUUAUUUCAUAAGGCAAUUGCCCAAAGUGGCACUGCUUUAAAUCCUUGGACGCACAUGUGACUGUUGGUACAGCACAACUGAUAACAGCACAACAAAAAAUUAUGACAAAAGCGGAG